GCCGCCAGGCGGCGUCAUCUCGGUGAACUGGACCCGCGGUGGCGCUUAAACAAGCAGUGAAGAAGGAGGCGGAGAAAGAAGGCCGAAACCCAACUGGAGCCACAUUUUACCAUUUCAACGCGGUCUCGUUUGACACGUUUGUGGUUCGGGUGUGCAGGUCUUAAGCGCGGACCCGGUUCCCGUGCCCAGCGGGUCAUGCUUCCCCAACGAAGGUAAUGAGCCGCAAAGCCAUCGGGUCUCGGCUGAGCGGCGCCCACAAACUGCAGCGGAACUGGAAUGACUGGCAGCCUAGAGGCGACAGUGUGUCAGUUGGCCAGGACUGCCUGAAGUGCAGCGUUCCUGGUGACCACGGUUCUGGAGCUCCCUUCGACGCGACCUCCCUCGACCCGCCCGGCACCCCACCGCUGCACAAUGAAGCCUUCACAGCCAUCGCCACUCUGGACGAAGCGGGUGGAUAUGAAAUUGAUGGGGGUCUCUGUGAUAAUACUUAUGGUUGGAAGUCGCUGGGGCAAGAGUUGAGGAUCAACAAUGUGACGUCCGAUUUGACCAGUUUUCAGCAUGGAAGCCGUGCUUUAACUUCAAAAGACAUGAGGAAAUCACAGGAUCGCCCACUGGCUCAUUCAGAGGAGUCACGGCUGGCCAACCUCCUUCGGAGGGUGUCCCGGGAAGACGACCGGGACCGAAGACUGGCCACUAUGAAACAAAUGAAAGAGUUCAUUCUGCACUCUGAAAACAAAGUGGUUCUUGUGAAACAGUUGGAUACUAUCCUGGCUGCUCUAAAUGAUGUUUUGAAUGAAAGCAGCAAGCUCCUCCAGGAGCUCCGGCAGGAGGGGGCCAGUUGCCUGGGCCUCCUGUGCGCCUCCCUCAGCUACGAGGCCGAGAGGAUCUUCAACUGGAUGUUCGUCAAAUUCAGCUCGUCCACCAAGGACGAGGUGAAGCUGCUGUACCUGGUGGCUGUGCACAAGGCCCUGGAGACGGCGGGCGAGAAGAAAGCCUUUUCACCCGUCAUGCAGCUGGUCAUGAGCAGCCUGCAGUCCAUCUUGGAGAACCUGGACACUCCAGAGCUGCUGUGCCAGAGCGUCAAGUGCAUCCUGCUGGUGGCUCGGUGCUACCCCCACAUCUUCAGCGCCAACUUCCGGGACACCGUGGACAUCCUUGUCGGCUGGCACAUCGAUCACACGCAGAAGCAGUCGCUCACGAUCCAGGUGUCAGGCUGGCUUCAGAGCCUGGAGCAGUUCUGGGUGGCCGACCUGACAUUUUCCACCACACUGCUGGGACAGUUUCUGGAGGACAUGGAGGCUUAUGCAGAGGACCUGAGCCAUGUGGCGUCGGGGGAGACCCCGGAUGAAGACGUCCCACCUCCCUCUGUGUCGCUGCCCAAGCUGGCGGCCCUGUUGCGGGUCUUCAGCACGGUGGUGCGCAGCAUUGGCGAGCGCUUCCACCCCAUCCGCGGCCCCCCCAUCACCGAGGCCUACGUCACGGAUGUCCUGAACCGGGUGCUGUCCUGCGUCACCACGGCCCGCCAGGCCCUGUUCUCGGAGCCCGUGCUGACGGCGGCCAACGAGUGCGUGUGUGUGCUGUUGCACAGCACAGAGUCGGGUGGCCGCCUCACCGACGCCGUCAUCGCCUACGGCCUGGACCAGCUGGACAGCUGCCGGGCCUGUGGGCCAGAGCACUGCGUGGCUGUGCUGCACCUGCUCACGCUGAUCGUGGACCAGAUUAACAACAAGCUGCCGGCACACUUUGUGGAGAAGCUUCUGGCCCCAGAGUCUCAACUGCUGGAGCUGCGCUUCCACAGAGAGAAGGAGGUGGUGGUGGCGGCCCAGGGAGUUUACCAGGCGGUCCUCUGCCUGAAGAACAUCCCCCUGCUGGAGGCGGCCUACAAGCUGGUACUGGGCGAGGUGGCCUGUGCCCUGGACAGCCUGCUGCUCCCGCUGGCGCUGCCCGCCGCCAACGCCAACAUCCAGCACACCGCCUUCGCUGAGGCGCGCCUGGCCCCUGAGCGCGCCGAGUUCGUGCUCAUCUUCAGCCUGAGCGCGCUCACCACCAUCGGCAACACCAAGAACUCCCUCAUCGGGAUGUGGGCACUUUCGCCCACUGUGUUCACACUGCUCAGCCAGAACCUGCUGGUGGUCCAUUCGGAUCUGGCCGUAUACCACCCUGCGGUGCAGUAUGCUGUCUUGUAUACCCUCUACUCGCACUGCACCAGACACGACCACUUCAUCUCCAGCAGCCUGAGCUCCUCCUCGCCCUCCCUGUUUGAUGGCGCUGUCAUCAGCACCGUCACCACGGCUACCAAGAAGCAUUUCAGCACUCUUCUCAACCUUUUGGGGAUGCUCUUGAGCAAAGAGCUCCUCAACACCGAUUCAAGGAAGUUGCUCCUCACAUGGGCACUGGAGGUGUCCCUGCUCAUGAAGAAGUGCGACACCUACUCCCCCCUCUUCGCCCUGCCGUCCUUCCACCGCUUCUGCAAAGGCCUGCUGUCUAACUCCCUGAAUGAGGACGCCGCAAUCUGCUUGCAGACCUGCAGCAGCCUCCAUGUGCUGUCGUCAUCCCUGACCCCCGAGCUGCAGCAGAGGUGUAUUGAUUUGUGCCGGGUGCAGCUGGUCCACAACUCUGUUCGAGUCCGGCAGGCCUUCGGGAAGCUUCUGAAGACCAUUCCCCUUGACGUGACCCUGAGUAACCAUGGGCACCCUGAGGUGCAGGAGAUCUCCCUGGCCAUCCGGCAUCACAUGAGCAAGGCCCCCAGCAACACCUUCCACCCGCAGGACUUCUCCGACCUCAUCAGCUUCAUCCUGUAUGGGACCGUGCACCGUGUUGGGAAGGAACCCUGGCUGGAGCGGCUCUUCCACAGCUGCCAGCGCCUGGACAGGCGGGAGGCGCCGGCCGUGCCGCGGGUGCUGCUCCGUGCCGACGCCGUGCUCUGGCAGUGGGUCACCUGGGAGGCGGCGCAGUUCACUGUGCUGUCCAAACUGCGCACGCCGCUGGGCCGUGCCCAGGACACCUUCCAGACGAUCGAGGGGAUGAUCCGGAGCCUGGCAGCCCACAGUCUGAACCCGGAGCAGGAGCUGAGCCAGUGGAGUGGGGCCGAGAGCGACGAGGGCCACCACACCAACCAGCUGCGGCUCACCUUGCUGCUCCAGUUCCUGGAAAACCUGGAGAAGCUCAUGUACAACGCCUAUGAGGGCUGUGCCAAUGCGCUGACAGCACCACCUAAGGGCAUCAGAACCUUCUUCUACACCAACCGGCAGACGUGCCAGGACUGGCUGACCCGGAUCCGCAUGGCGCUGAUGCGCGUGGGGCUGCUCUCGGGCCAGCCGGCCGUCACGGUGCGGCACGGGUUCGACCUGCUCGCUGAAAUGAAGAGCGGCAGUGCCCCGGCUGCGGAGAUGGAGGUGCCCGUAGUGAUGCUGGUUGAAGCCCUUUGCGAGCUGCGCUGCCCCGAGGCCAUCCAGGGCCUAGCUGCCUGGAGCACGGUGCACGCGGGCAGGGGCCUCGGCUGGGUGGGCUCUGUGGCCUUACAGGCCGAGGGACGCUUUGAGAGGGCAGCGCAGGAGUACCAGGAGCAGCUGUCCUCCAUCUCCGGGAUCGACUGCUCUAUCAAGGGCUUCGACGGGGCGUUCCUGAAGGCCUCCGCCACCUCCAGCCCCAAGCACGCCAACGGUGACGCCAGGAAGACGGUGCUGCUGAAGCCCAGCGACUGCUCCAACGACGUGCUCAACUUCCUGGCCAACAAGGCGUGCGAGUGCUACAUGGCGCUGGGCGACUGGCCUGCCGCGCUGCAGUGGCAGGCCUGCUGCGCUGCACUCAAGAAGACCACUGCUGGAGCCGCCGUCAGCCUCAAGACCGACUUUAACUACGUCAGGGCCUUAAGCAGCUUUGAGGAGGCCGACUUUGCAGAGUGCCGCUCCCAGCUUGAGCUGCUUCCGGGUGACGACUUCGGCCUCCUGAACUCUGCCUCCCGGGAUAAACCAGACCUGAAGCGGCUGCUUCCGGCAGCACUGAGCCCAGAUCCCACAGAGCUUCAGAAGGCCAUCGAGGUGCAGCUUCUCCGGGGAGCCCUGGGGAUCUACGAGCUGGAGCAGAAGGCGGGACCCACAUCCGAGAACCUGCUGAGGUACCUGAAGCAGACGGGCCGGAUCUGUCUGGGCCCACUGCGUGUGUCAACACUGGCUCUCUGUGGCUCUCUGCCUGUGGUCGGGGUACUGCAGCUACACUGUGCGAACACCCUGGAGCAGUGCCUGUCCGGCCAGCUGGCCCCCGAGGACUGCUUGAUCCCGCUGUACAGCCAGGCCCUGAGCAGCUGUAAGCAACAAAACGUCCAGCCCUGGCUCCAUGCCCUCCGCUACACCGCUUUCCAGCAGCGCCUCUUUCUCCAGCUCAAAGGCCCCUGCUCUCCUGUGGACUCUCACCUGAUGGAACUGCGGCUGAUGGCCGUCAAGUUCGCUCGCAAGCGGGCCAACGUGGGCCUGGCCGCGCGACUCCUCAGCCAGUGUGGCACUGCCGCGGAACCUGACUGCCAGGACCUGGUGCGCCUGUUUGAGAGCCUGUCCUUGGAAGGCAGUGUGGGUGAGAAGUGGGGGUCCGAGCUGGAGCUGGAGAAGGCCAAGGUGCUCUUCACGGCAGGCCAGUCUGCCGUGGCAAUGGAGAUGCUGAGCGCUAGUGCGCUGUCCUACUGUCGCGCCGGCAAGAGCGAGCGGGCUGCCUGCCGCGCUGUGCUCACGCUCUGCAAGUGGCUCCUUGCCGACUGGAAGGACAUGACGGCUCACCUGAAGCAGGUAGUGAAGAGGGCUUCCUCGGGGCUCUCUGUGCUGCCACCACUGGGCCGCAACAUCGCCGCCCUGCUGGAACUCCCACUGGAGGACCAAGGCCUGCCGCAUAUCACGGCCGAGACCACUGUGAGCGUCGGUGUUGGGGAACCUGACCUUGUCCUUGGGCAGCUUUACCAGCUCUCAGCUUCCCAGGCCCCGGAGGUAGCCAAGUCCUGGGCCGCCCUGGCCAGCUGGGCCUACCGGUGGGGGCGGAAGGUGGCUGACAACGGCAGCCAAGGAGAAGGUGUUCCACUGCUUCCGGAGGAGAAACAGGAAAUUGAAGCUCUGCUUCCAGCAUGCACCACCAGUGAAGACAAGGAGACCAUAUUCAGCAUCCUGGGCCAGGCUUUGUGUCGUCCAGCGGGAAUUCAGGAUGAGGACAUGGCCCUGCAGAAUGAGGAGAGCAAUGAGGACGACACCGUGGACGUGGUGUGGCGGCAGCUGCUGGGCUCGUGCCCGUGGCUGGCAGAGGCUGGGGACGGGGUAACCGAGGGCCUGAUCCGAGUAUGGCGCCGCGUGGUGGACCGCAUCUUCAGCCUGUACCGUGUCUCCUGCCGCGCCUACUUCACCUUUCUGAAGCUCAAUGCCGGCCAGGCACCAAUUGACGAGGAUAACCCCAAACUUCUGCUAGCUAGCCAGAGUGGCAAGCAGAGCAGCGACGAUGUCAUCGUCAUGGCGACCCUUCGGCUGCUGCGGCUGUUGGUGAAGCAUGCGGGGGAGCUGCGGGAAGAGCUGGAGCUGGGCCUGGCCUCCACACCCACCGCGCCCUGGAGAGGCAUCAUUCCUCAGCUGUUCUCGCGCCUGAACCAUCCGGAGGCCUACAUCCGGCAGAGCAUCUGUAGCCUGCUGUGCCGUGUGGCCCACGACUCGCCCCACCUCAUCCUGUACCCGGCCAUCGUGGGCUCCAUCUCCCUGGGCAGCGAGGCCCAGUCUGCGGGCAACAAGCUGCCAUCAGCGCUGCCCACGUUUCUGGGCAACAUCCAGGGGGAAGUGCUGUGCGGAAGUAGCUGUGAGGCGGGCAGUGCCCCCGCCUCCCAGGAGAGCGGGAAAGGCCACGAGCUGGGCCUCUGCUCCAGCGAAGACCAGGCCAUGAUGCAGGACUGUUACAGCAAGAUCGUGGAUAAGCUGUCUUCUGCCAGCCCCACCAUGGUCCUGCAGGUCCAGAUGCUGGUGGGCGAGCUGCGCAGGGUCACCCUGCUUUGGGACGAACUUUGGCUGGGCGUCCUCCAGCAGCAGCACAUGUACGUCCUGCGCAGGAUCCAGCAGCUGGAGGACGAAGUCAAGCGGGUUCAGAACAACAACACACUCCGCAAGGAGGAGAAAAUGGCCAUCAUGCGUGAGAAGCACUCGGCCCUGAUGCGACCCAUCGUGUUUGCCCUGGACCACGUCCGCGACAUCACGGCAACGCCUGCCGAGACGCCGCAUGAGGCCUGGUUCCAGGAGACACACGGCGAGGCCAUUGACAAUGCGCUGGAGAGGCUCCGUAACCCACUAAACCCAGCCAACCCUGCCAGCAGCUGGGUGCCCUUCAAGCAGAUCAUGGCAAGCCUGCAGCAGAGGGCCCAGAAGCGGGCCAGCUACCUUCUGCGUCUGGACGAGAUCAGCCCUCGUCUGGCCACCAUGGCCAGCACGGAGAUCGCGCUGCCGGGGGAAGUGUCUGCCACUGAUGCAGUCACCAUCCAGAGUGUGGGCAACACCAUCACCAUCCUGCCCACCAAGACCAAGCCCAAGAAACUCUACUUCUUGGGAUCUGAUGGGCGGAACUACCCAUACCUGUUUAAAGGAUUGGAGGACCUGCACCUGGAUGAAAGGAUCAUGCAGUUCCUGUCAAUUGUCAACACCAUGUUUACCAAGGUCAACCAGCAGGAGAGCCCUCGUUUCCACGCCCGGCACUACUCUGUCACGCCUCUGGGCACCCGCUCGGGCCUCAUCCAGUGGGUGGAUGGGGCCACGCCCCUGUUCGGGCUCUAUAAGCGCUGGCAGCAGAGAGAGGCCAGCCUCCAGGCCCAGAAGGUCCAGGAUUCAUUCCAGCAGCCACAGAACCUGCCCAUGGUGCCCAGGCCCAGCGAACUCUACUACAGCAAGAUCGGCCCGGCGCUGAAGGCCGUGGGGCUGAGUCUGGACGUGUCGCGUAGAGAUUGGCCACUCAGCGUGAUGAGGGACGUCUUGCGUGAGCUGAUGGAGGCCACGCCCCCCAACCUACUGGCCAAGGAGCUGUGGUGCUCCUGUGCCACACCCAGCGAAUGGUGGCGGGUCACCCAGUCAUACGCAAGGUCUACCGCUGUGAUGUCGAUGGUUGGCUACAUCAUCGGGCUAGGAGACCGUCAUCUGGACAAUGUUCUCAUUGACAUGACGACGGGCGAAGUGGUGCACAUCGAUUACAACGUCUGCUUCGAGAAAGGCAAAAGUCUAAGAGUUCCUGAGAAAGUUCCCUUCCGCAUGACGCACAACAUCGAGACAGCUCUGGGUGUGACGGGAGUGGAGGGUAUCUUCAGGCUGUCCUGCGAGCAGGUGAUCCAGAUGAUGCGGAGAGGUCGGGAGACCCUGUUGACCCUGUUGGAGGCCUUUGUGUACGACCCCCUGGUGGACUGGACCGCGGGGGGCGAGGUGGGCUUUGCAGGGGCAGUGUAUGGAGGAGGUGGUCAGCAGGCUGAGAGCAAGCAGAGCAAGCGGGAGAUGGAGCGUGACAUCACAAGGAGCCUCUUCUCCUCCCGUGUGGCAGAAAUCAAAGUGAACUGGUUUAAAAACCGCGACGAGAUGCUGGGGGUGCUGCCGCAGCUGGAGGCCGCCAUGGGCGAGUACAUGAGCCUACAGGAGCAGCUGGCGCAGGUGGAGAAGCAGAAGGCCCGGCUGCUGCAGGAGAUGGAGUUCCUGGAGGAUGCUGAGGGCCCCGAGCACCUCAUCCACACGCUGGAGCACAGGUACUCGGAGCACACCCAGCUGCAGUCCCGGCAGAGGACCGUCCAGGACGCCAUCCGUAGCAAACUAACCGACCUGGACCAGUGGAUCUCGCAGUAUCAGGCAGCGUUUGCCAGCCUGGAGGCCAGUCAGCUGGCCAGCCUCCUGCAGGAGAUCAAUGGCCCCAUCGAGCUUGGCCCCCCCAGCUACGUCCCGGCGACAGCCUUCCUGCAGAACGCUGGCCAGGCCCACCUGAUCAGCCAGUGCGAGCAGCUGGAGGCCGAGGCGGGCUCACUGCUGCAGCAGAGGCGCUCUCUGCUGCGCGGCUGCCUGGAGCAGCUGCACAGCUACGGCACGGUGGGCCUGCUGUACCCGCGCGCCGCGCUGCGCCGCCACCGCGCCUACGCCUGGAAACAGUGGAUGGAGGAGCUGCUGCGCGAUAUGACAACCGACUGCUGUCAGGCCAUCUACCGCCAGUAUGAGGUCCAGUUCGCCCCCCAGCCGUCGCCAGCCACCUGCCAGUUCCUAUCCGGCGUGGAGAUGGCACUGCAGCACCACGCGGCCGACAUCAACGCGCGGCUCCUGAGACACGCCGAGCGGCUGAAGGCGGAGGCCACCAGCGUGCUGACGUGUGAGGAGCAGCUGCAGGAGAUCGAACGCUGCAUCAGCUGCUUCCUGGCCGAGAAUGGGCAGCCCGGCGGGCUGAGCCUGGCUGCAGUGAUCGUCACGGCGCUCUGCGCCCUCACCAGGCGUAACCUGGGCAUGGAGAGCGUGGCGGCGGGUGCGGGCGAGCAGCUGGUGGAGCUGACCUCGCGGGACGGCGCCUGGUUCCUGGAGGAGCUCUGCAGCAUGAGCGGCAACGUGCUUUCCCUGACACAGCUGCUGCAGCAGUGCCAGUUGCUGCCCCACGACCUGGACGUUCCCAGCCCUGCCGAGAGCCUGCAGGCCGUCUACCUGGCCAACGGCGUCUACACCUGCCUACAGGAGCUGAACACCAACUUCAGGCAGAUUAUCCUGCCCGAGGCCCUGCGUUGCGUGCUAAAAGGCGAGAGCACGCUGGAGGCCAUGCUGGCCGAGCUGGAGACCCUCAUCGAGCAGUGCGCCGACGGGGUCUCCCUGCAGGGGCUGGGCGAGGUUCUGCAGGCCCACCUGCGCAACACUGCCAUGGGCCUGGAGGAGGAGGCCGACGCCCACUACCUGGAUGUGACCAGGGUUCUGCGGGCUCAGUACUCAGAGCUCAUCCAGCCCCGCAGCCUGGAGGGCGCCGUGCAGGACACGCCCAAGAUGAGCGCUGGCCAGAUGCUGCUUGUGGCCUUCGACGGGAUGUUCACACAGUUGGAGGCGGCGUUCGGCCUCCUAGUGGAGAAGCUGAACAAGAUGGAGGUGCCCCCAGCCUGGAGGAAGGUGGAUGUUCUGCGGGAGGCACGUGCGGCCCAGGCCCACUUCUUCGACAGCCCCCGGCAGCGGCAGGUCCUGGAGGACGUGUUCUUCAUCCGCCGGCUGCAGGCCAUCUGCGACUUCUUCCGGCUGUGUGGCUCCUUCGCGCAGACUUUGGCAGGAACCUGCCUCCCGCCGGCGGACGACGCCGCCCCGUCCAACGGGCCAGUCCCCCUGACGAAGACCGUGUUCCGUGGGGCGGCCGUGGUCAGCGAGGACCAGAUGGCACGGCCCAUUAAGACCUUCACGGCGGACUUCGUGCGGCAGCUGCUGAUGGGGCUGCCCACGCAGGCGCUGGGCCUGGCCAUGUGCAGCGCCCUCAGCGCCCUGGGCAUGGACCUCAUCGCCCAGGUGGAGGCCAAGGACUUUGGCGCCGAGGGCAAGGUGCCCCUGGAUGACUUGUGCAAGAAGGCGGUGGAGCAGGGUGUGCAGGCAGGCCGUCUGCCGCAGCUGCUGCUGAACCGGGCCACGGUGCUGGCCAGCUCCUACGACACGGCCUGGAAGAAGCUGGACUUGGUGCGCAGGCUGGAGGUCAGCAUGGAGGCCUCCAAGGUGAGCCUGCAGCGGGUCCAGCUCCACAUCGCCGUGUUCCAGUGGCAGCAUGAAGAUGUGUUGGGUGCCAGGAACCAGCCAAUGAGCGUGAGCCCUCCACCACGGUCCAUCAUCCUCAGCAACAUGAAGAAGAAGCUGUACAAACUCCGGCAGGAUGAGGCGUCCAUCGCCAGCGUGCAGGAGAAGCUAGCAUCACUAGAGGGCAGUAUUGAGCAGCGGCUGAAGUGGGCCGGCGGAGCCAAUCCGGCGCUGGCCCCCGUGCUGCAGGACUUCGAGGCGAGCAUCGCGGAGCGCCGGGCGCUGGUGCUGAAGGAGAGCCAGCGAGCCAGUCAGGUGACCUUCCUGUGCAGCACCGUGCUCAACUUCGAGGGGCUGCGCACGCGGACGCAGGAGACGCUCAACAUGGACGCCGCCUUCUUCGACCUGCUCAAGCGCUGUCAGGCCACCUGUUCAUAUGCAGCACAGUUCAGCACCUCUGUCUCCCCACUGGAACUGCAGCUCCUCCACAGGCUGAGCCCCACCCUGGAGCUCCCUAUCGGCUGCCCCGAAUGGCUGGCGUGCGCCGGAAAGCACCUGAGCCAGGAGAUGUCGAACCGGCGUGCCGCUCAGGACGAGCAGGAGCAGCAGCUGGAGGUGGCAACGGAGACCCUGCAGGUGCUGGUGGAUGCAAUCAAAGGCAUCCUGUCCACCCACAACCGGCAGCUGGCCGACGUGAAGCACCUUCUGCGAGCCAUGGCCAAGGAUGAGGAGAACGCGUUGUCUGAUGGCGAGGAUGUGCCGUACGAGAACAGCGUGCGCCAGUUCCUGUGCGAGUACAAAGCUUGGCAAGACAACAUGCAGACGGCGCUGUUCACCGUAGUGCAGGCCACAGGGUCGCCGCGCAGCCAGGAGUCGGCAGAGCUGCUGCAGGAGGUGCCCGGGACACUGCGGGAGCUGCAGGCACAGAGCCAGAGCAUCUAUAAUGGGCUGGUGAGUUUUGCCUCCCCCUUGGUGACCGAGAGAGCCAGUGACUGCGCAAGUCCGAUAUCGACUGUUCAGACGAGCUUUGCUGCUGCGGUGCGUUGCACUGGCCCCAGGACACAGCCCGACAGCAUGUCCCAGAACACACGCAAGAGUGCACCCCUCCCCCGGAACCCAGGAACCCCCGCAGACACCCCUCCCAGCACUCUGGCGCUCACCACCAAGGGCCUGGUUCCGAGCCCCAAGCGGGCCGUGCGUGACCCCAGAACAGGCAGAGCUGUCCAGGAGAGGAACUCGUAUGCCGUCAGUGUCUGGAAGCGAGUCAAGGCCAAGCUGGAGGGGAGAGACGUGGACCCCAACAGGAGGAUGACGGUCACAGAGCAGGUGGAUUACGUGAUCAAGGAGGCCACGAAUGUAGAUAACCUGGCUCAGCUGUAUGAGGGCUGGACUGCGUGGGUGUGAACGGGACGCCGUGAGAUCUGUUUGGUCCAGCGAGGGUAGAGAUCCACCAAGACCCACCGGGUCUGGGGCGGAGGAGUCACAGAGCCCCGUGGGGGAGGGGGGAAGGCGGGGGGGAUCCACAGAUCCUCCCCAGGGUCCACCCCGGACCCCCGGAGCACGGCUGCCCCCGGCGACCCUGCUAACACCUCCAAAUGGGGUCUGCGUCUGUCUCCUUAGGGUGUGUGGGGGGCUGACCGAGGUGGUUAAGGGGGGUAAUAAGGUGGCAAGCUUGAGCCACCCCCCACCCUUGUAACAAAACAACAGUAAACAAACCGACACACACGGGGACUUGGCUGCAGGGCCCCGCUUGACAGACUGCACCUCCAGGGCAGAGGGCUGACACCAGCUCUCUCGCGGACUGCAUCUCAGCAGAGAGCGAGAGGCAGCGGCCCCCGGUCAAGCAACCAGCCUGAUUUUGCUUCUCCCGUCGGCGACGCCGGCACGCAAGUCGUUGGGAUCGGAGGGCGUCUCUCGGGAGGACGGGGGGGGGGAGUUCCGUGGGCUACAUUCAGUCCGACGGGCCUGGCGCAGACUGGAGCUCUUUUAAUUAACGGUGUAAUCAAGACUUUUUUUUUUUCCUUUUGCUAAGAUGUUAUCGCAGAUGAAUAAACCCUUAUUUUACACACCACUAAAUAAAAAAAAAAAGAUGUGUAUCGUGCAGAAAUUUCACUUAAAAAUAAAAUGCCAAGGAGAUGAGUCUUUGAGCAUUUCACUCUCUUUUUUUGGCUUUUGACACUGCUGCAAGUCAACAUGUCCAGUUUCAUUUUUGGUUUGAUUUGAGGAUAAUUUGAAGACAAAAGUGAGGAAGACUUAAGUGUUUUGAACAAUAUGUAAGACGCCUUGACUCAAUUGGAUUUUUGAAACUUGUUUUCCCCUUUGCAUUUGAUCUGUUAAUAUAUUCAAGACAUUUUCCUCCCUUCUGCUUCUUUGAAAGACUGGAUUUGAUCCUUUGCCGUUACAGUGAAAAUGUACCAUUCCUAAGCUAAUCCCCUGUUGCUUGUUUUACUACUUUUACAUUUUAGUGGGGGAAAUGUGCUAAAUGAUUAGUAAGUGUUUGGUCAUGGUGCAGUUUGUUUCUUAAAGAUUUUAUUCAGUUUUGUUUGCCUAAUAAAUUGGGAUUUAAAACGGUC